AAAUGAUGCCAUUAGUUAAUUAUCAGCUUACCUGCAGCAUUGCAAGCAGGCUGUGCGUGCCUGCAUGUGCGUGAUUUAACUAAUCAAUCCCCAUUCCCCAACUGAUACAAAAUUCAAAUCAAAUCAAACCAAAUCAAAACUUGCCUUCAAUUAAUUGGCUCUACCCCUUCUAUUUGUGGAAUAAUAUAAAUAUACGUGUCUCUGUGUGUGUGUGUUUCACUCAAAUAUAUGUGGAGUAACUUUUUAUAUGCAUAUACAAAUGUUAGGAAUCUGGAUGCAUAAAUGGAAGCAUAUAUAUAUGCAUGACAUUACUUGUUCUCAACGAAAUUCUUGGUCUGUUAGAGAGGGAGAGAGAGAGAGAGAGAACCAUAUAUCACAGUUGACACAGCAGAUCUGAAGAUGGUCUAGCUAGUUGUGAGUGUGUUUACGAUCUCUGCAUAUAUGUAUAUAUGUGUUGUUUGCUUGUUUUAGCAUGCGUGCAUGCAUGCUGUUAAUUUGCAGACUCUAAUAAGUGAAGCUAAGUGAUCACGCACACGCAGGCACACAGGAAUUUGAAUUGCUGAUUCGUAAUUAGUCUUUUAAGAAACAAAUUGGUUGGGAUGAGGCCGACUGCGGUGGCACUUGGAUCAGCAGCAGCAGCAGUUAGGACACAAAUAGUUUUUGUCCUUGUUGUGGUGGUGAUCGGCAGCAGUAGUGCUGUCAGAGCAGCAGGUCAAGAACAGCAGCAAGUCCGUUGUUUCUUCAUAUUUGGAGACUCCUUAGUGGACAAUGGCAACAACAACAAUCUUAGAACUAUGACCAAAGUUAACUACCAACCUUACGGGAUCGAUUUUCCUCACGCCCGCCCCACUGGCAGAUUCACCAAUGGUCGAAACUUGGCAGAUUUUAUAGCUGAGCAUCUGGGGUUUAAGACUCCAAUUCCACCUAAUGCAUCAGUGCAAGAUCACAACCCCGACAUCAUCCUAACCGGUGUAAAUUAUGCUUCUGGAUCAGCAGGAAUUCGAGCUGAAACUGGAGAGCAUCUGGGGGAUCGGAUCUUCUUGGACAAGCAGCUGGAACAUCACAGAGGCAGAGUAUCAGAGGUGACAAAGUUGGUAGGCAACGAGAGUGCAGCGAGAGCGCACCUCAGAGAAUGCCUCUACUACUUCAAUGUCGGCAGCAAUGACUACAUAAACAACUACUUCUUGCCUCACCACUACAACACCAGUGCCUUGUAUAGUCCCCCAGAAUACGCUGCUGAAUUGAUCCACCAAUUUUCUCGCCAACUUGGGGAGUUGUACCAUUUAGGGUCACGAAAAGUAGCUGUUUCGGCACUUCACGCAUUAGGUUGCAUCCCGGAGAUGAUGUCAGGAGGGCUUAAUUGCAACGAGUCCAUGAACCAAGCUGUGGCCCUGUUUAACAGAAAGCUGAGGGUCCUUGUGAGAGAGUUGAACGGUAAAUAUGCGGAUGCAGAAUAUGCAGUGAUACCGGAGGAUGCUUUGAACCCACCAGGGUUUCUGGCAACACCAUGCUGCAAAGUUUCCAAGUCAACAGGGCUGUGCCUGCACGGAGAAGAAGGAGAAGUCUGCGGUUCCAGGUUGUUGCAUGUCUUCUUCGACAAUUUCCACCCCACGGAGAUUGUGAACAAGCUGCUGGGAAUUGUUGCUUACAAUCGCAUCCUCCUCUUGCUUCACCACCAUUGA